UCGCAAACCCCCCCCCCCCAACUCUGUCUCUGUGUCUCGCGGGAGCCUCUCACCGAGGUCCACUUGCUGCUGCUGCUGCUGCGAGAACGAGCGAGCGAGCGAAGCACAGAACGAGUGGUAAAGGCACAGGUGCGCGUGUUUGAGGAAGCCAUCGAGACGGGACAAUUGCCCGAGGGAGGCCGUCAUGGCGGCAACUGCGUCGAUGUCGUCCCUUACAUCCGCGUCCACUUCCUACCUCUCGCAGCGUGUGACUGCGUCUCGCGCUGCUGGGCAUGGAAUUUUCUCCAAAGUUAGCCCGAGUGACCAGAAUUCGAGCUUUUUCGGCGUCCGAUUGUGGGUACGCGGUGCCACUCAGCCCAAUGACAGGAAUCUGGGCGUUGGAUUUUCCAUUCGCGCUGCUUCUGGAGCUAAGGGUGAUCACCUUGUGAGAAAGGUAACCGCACGUGAAUUAGACGACAUCCUGGCUAACGAGAGGGAUUCACCGAUGGUUGUUGAUUUUUACGCGACGUGGUGUGGACCGUGCGCUUUACUGGCUCAACAAUUGGAACAGCUUGCCAUGGAAUACGGUGACAGGGUGCGCUUUUUGAAAAUCGACACUGACGAAGAGCAUGAACUUGCUGAUCAGAUGAAGAUUCGAGGUCUGCCUACAAUGGUUUUCGUGAGCCAAGACACAGAGAAGCUUGCAAUUCGUACAGAAGGGUUGUUAUCUUCUAAGGACAUUCGAGAUAUAAUUGAGAAAGAGUUAGAUGCUCCUCAAGGGGACCUGGCCAUGGACGCCGAGUGAAGGCAAGCUAGUUCGGAUUUUCACGUGUGAUUGAAGUGAAUUUUUGUAGCAUCGGAUCUUCACGAUGGUAUUCAAUCUUGAGUUGCCUCUCGACGUCUCGCAUAAAAAUGUCUUAUCUCCGCCUCCCCCUCGAUAAGACUAUCACGCUUGCCUCUAGAUACUUGUCAACAUUCAGCACUGAAUACUGUAUCAAAGUGUAUCAUUUAAUGCAGGUGGAGUUUUAUGUGAGUAUUAGAAACAACCAAUGAAUGAAUGUUCAUGCGUGCAUGAACUUCACAUGUACUAUUCAUUGUAACGACUUUCGUUUAACAAUACUUCUACAA